UGCGCGCUGGGCGGAGAUGGCGCUCUGCCCGGGAGGAAGAGUCUCUGCGGCAUCUCUGUCCACGCGCCCGCCAUGGCUCCUGCUCCGGCCCUGUUGACCCCGCUGCUGUGUGCAGGUGUGCGGCGCUGGCCAGGUUUCCUGCAGAAGGCGGCCCUGGGCCCAGCGGGGCAAAAUGGUAGGAUGGUGACAGGAGCCCCGGUCCCCGCGGUCAGCGAGCCCCAGGACAGCUACGAUCUCCAGAGCAGGAUCCUAAAUGUGCCGCUGCAGCAUUCGGACUUCUUCAAUGUCAAGGAGCUGUUUUCUGUGAAGAGCCUCUUCGAGGCCCGAGUACACCUGGGACACAAAGCUGGUUGUCGGCAUAGAUUUAUGGAGCCAUACAUCUUUGGGAACCGCUUGGGUCAGGAUAUCAUCGAUCUGGAUCAGACAGCCUUGAAUCUCCAGCUGGCCUUGAACUUCACAGCCCAUGUAGCCUACCGGAAGGGCAUCAUCCUGUUUGUGAGCCGGAACCGGCAGUUCUCUUACUUGAUUGAGAAUACAGCCCGGGAUUGCGGGGAGUACGCCCACACUCGCUACUUCAAAGGUGGCUUGCUGACUAAUGCUCAGCUCCUCCUUGGGCCUACAGUCCGCCUGCCAGACCUCAUCAUCUUCCUGCAUACACUCAACAAUGUCUUUGAACCCCAUGUGGCUGUGAGGGAUGCGGCCAAGAUGAACAUCCCCACAGUGGGCAUUGUGGACACCAACUGCAACCCAUGCCUCAUCACUUACCCUGUCCCUGGCAACGACGACUCACCCCAAGCUGUCCAGCUCUUCUGCCAGCUCUUCCGGACAACCAUCAACCGGGCCAAGGAGAAGAGGAGGCAGAUGGAGGCACUGCAUCGGCUGCAGAGCGGGGAUUCUGAGGGCAGUGGGACAUCUUCUGCACCUGAUAAGAGCCAUUCCCCAUGACAGGAAGCCUUGCACCCACAACAGAUAGGCAGGACUGUUCUAAACAGGAAGCUCCUGGUCCAGCCCUGGUCUGUACCCCCAUUCCCCAUCCUCAGUCAGCAUCUGUGUCCUAUAUUCCUGAGCUACGGCCACCCGAGUGUGACUAUCCUGAGCUGACCCUUGUUCGCCUUUUUUCUGGGGACAAACUCAGGUAAAGUGCACAACCACAUGGCCUCUGGCAUCCACUAAGACUUGGACAUAGAUAGCCAAGUGGAUGGCACUGUUUCUCUCGUCAAGAAGCCCUUGCUUCCACUUUAGAAGUAUAGGUCUGUAUCAGGUGGGUUCCAUUUAGUUUCUCUUUUCAAUUAAAAUUAAUCCUCAUUGUCUGCUAA